CAGGAACUCAGCGCAGCUGCAACUGGCUCCGGGAACUCGAUCGACUUCGUCACUCUUGCCAUCGAUCCAUCGGCCAGGUGGUCAGUCGUCUUGUUCUUCUUGCUCUUGAUCAGAAAUCUUUGACAUGCCACUCUGCGUACGCACUUGUUAGUCUUACUCCUCAAGUCUCCCAACUGUCUUGAGAGGCCAUUUUCGCUUUACCUUCAUCUCUUCUGCGUAUCUCUGGCAGAUCCAUUAUCAAACGAGCUGCCCCGAUUUGGGCUCCGUUGUCCGGUCUGAGCAUCGCCUCCCUCACCCAUCAGAAUUACAAAUCCAUCGAGCAGAAAAGGCCUUGCCUGCGCGGCUUCUCAACAAUGGCCGACGCUGCUGGUGCUGAAGAUGCCACCGUCACCUUCCACGUCAAAUCCUCGGGUAGCCAGAAAUGGACGCUGACCUUGCCUCUGUCGACGACGACAAUCGACCUGAAGAACAAACUCGCCUCUGAAGAGUUCGCCAAUGUUCCGGCAUCGGCUCAGCGGCUGAUUUACAGCGGAAAGGUGCUGAAAGACCAUGAAACCCUCGCCUCUCAUAAUGUGAAAGAAGGCAACACGAUGCAUCUAGUUAAGAGCGCCGCUAGCAAUCAAAGACAGAACCCGGCGACACAAUCCUCUUCAACCUCGACCCCUGCCCCGGGAACUGCACCGCAAGCCGCAACGGGAGUACCACAAAACCUGGCAUCGGGCACUGGGAAUGAUCCUCUGGCUGGUUUGACCGGUGCACGGUAUGCCGGCUUUGCCCAGUUGCCCAACGCCAGCAUGUUCCAAGAAAACCUCACACCAGACGACUUCCUGCGCCAGUUGGAUAACCCCCACUUCCAGCAGAUGAUGCGCGAGGCCAUGGGCAACCCUCAAGUCCAAGACAUGAUCAUCAAUCAGAACCCACAUCUUAGAGCGAUGGGGCCCCAAGCGAGGCAAAUGCUCAAUUCUGACUACUUCAGAUCCAUGAUGACGAACCCUCAAAUGCUUAGGAACAUGAUGCAGAUGCAGCAAGAGAUGGGUCUGAGUCCUUUCGGAGGUGCAGGCAGAGAAGAGGCUUUUCCAGCACCCGGUGUCACCAACACCACCGAACGGGGCACCACAGGCGGCACUCCUCAAAAUACACCCAACAACCCUCUAGGACUUCCACCGCAAGGUCAGCCUGGCCAGGCUGGGCAAGCCGAACAGCUGCUCGCCAUGUUACAAUCAUUGAGACAAACAACCCAAGCCCUCUCAGACGCCUACGGCACCCCCAACACCAAUGCGACAGGAGCCCGAAGUGGAGAGGCUGGAUCCAACAACCAAGAAGCCGGUGGUCAACAGCCCCAGACCCCCCAGAAUACGGCAAACCCGACGCCGCAGCGUAUCAACCCUUUCAUGGCACUGUUUCCGCAGCAAGGUGGAAGUCCGAACACCACUUCACCUCCCCCUCUCAACCCGUUUAACCCUCAGCACAAUCCAUUCCUCCAGAACCCCGAGGCAAUGCAGCAAUUCCUACAAGAAAUGAACGCCGGCCAAGGUGGCGAGGGUAUGGAUUAUGGUGGCCUGUUCAAUCUCCUCGGUGACGGUGGCCGACCGACACCGGCAGACAACCGACCGCCGGAGGAGCGAUAUGCGCAGCAACUACAGCAAUUGAAUGAGAUGGGGUUCUAUGAUUUCGACCGGAAUGUUCAGGCACUGCGAAGAACGGGGGGCAAUGUGAACGGCGCAAUAGAAUACCUGCUCAGCCACCCUGCAGACUAGCGAUGCGAGGAUGUGUUAAUUUUCCGGGAUUUGUUAUCACAGCCAUGGCGAAGGACCUGCAACAUGCGCCACCGAUAUCUUUAACUGAGCGGCCUAGCUCGACAUGUACAAUGUAUGUACUCCACAAGCAAGUGCUUCGUCGCCUCCUGCUGUGGUUCUAGCUGUCGUUCCUUCCCUCACCCGUUCAGAAUCUCUUGCGCGAGGCCAAAUCCCUACUCGGAGUUAUCAAGCUCUUUGUUCUCGCUCUGGAGAUCGAAGAUGGAUGACUAUCCUGACAAGCUCCCUCCUGUCUUCUCAACACAACUUUGGUUCCUGGCGGAAAGUUCUGUGCACGCCUCCGCCUCUCCACUCGCCCUAGCAUUGCUUCAAAGCCAGCUGAGGAGCAGGUAUGCUGAGUGCAUGAGAGUUUUCGGUUCGAGGCAGGUUUUGUGCACUGGCAGAACGAACAUAGGAUCAACCCAGGAUCAGAUCCACGCUUAGCUUCCGUUUUCCCAUGUCGUCAACUUCGAUCUCUCUCACUGACACCACAUCUAAUACACGUCCUACUCCCUGACACUUCAAUGCACUUUGGACGAAAGGUCCGCAUGACGCCUCUGCUCUCUACAACAGUUCUUGACCAUGCUAGGCUUUCAGAGCAUCUGGCGCUGAAUCGCCAAUGUACAAGCCCACUCUCACGUGCUUGAUCCAUCUGCGAUGUCGAGGCUGGAUACCCAAGAACAAACUCUCCAGGCAGAGUCCGUUGCAUACAAUGAAGUGCUUCGGCGAACUGAGCAGCGGCUGAACCUCGUUGUGGAUCUGGCGGCAUACCCUCAAGAGGCGGUUAUCGAAACGUUUGUAAACGUCGAAGCCUUCACAACAUCCGCCAGGGUGAUUGUAGGUGCAUGAGCCGGGUUUUGAGGGGCAUCUGCAAGGUUCGAUUUCAGUUGGACCAAGAACAAGAUUCCAUAUCUGCAGACGGAGCUCGUACGGGAGGGUGAGAAGAGGAGGGAUCAUGAUGUGACGGUGUUGGAUAGCGGUCUGGCAGGGGCCCAGCCUGGUCAGUCAAAAGGUGCUAUCAAAUGAAGUCUUGUUGCCCUGUUUCACUCCUUUCUGCGCCAAACAAGAGGAAAUUGACGGACCACUGCAUCGUCUGGUCGUUGAUUGAUAUGUAGCAUUUCCCGUCACCCAUCACCCCUAAUGCGCGUAUACCACUCCAUCCCAACCCCCAAUGGUUUUCAGCCCGUGCUGGCCCGGGGCGAAUUGCGACGCUUAAUCAGCUCCGGAAGCGCAGAUUCGCCGAACCCAGGGACUUAUCGAGAUAGCGGAUAGGUCAGCCCGAGCAUGUAAACUCUCGCGGACAGCCUCGUUGACGUAGGAUGACUGAUUACUCAUGGACAUGUUGCAGAGACAUCAACCUCGAUCCAGCAAUGGCUGCUCGCGUCGACCGUCGUUUUUCUUCCCAAAGUGGCGGGAGCUCUUGGUCUGGAGCCCCA